AUGCAGCCUGCUAAAGGGUAUACGUUGACCGAUCAAUAUUUUCAUGAUUUUGUGGAGACAACAAGAAUAUCAGGGAUUAAACACAUUUUCAGGGGAAGAUCAAAAAUAAGGCGCAUAAUGUGGGCACUGUUUUUUAUUUCCUCAUUCGUGGGUUGCACGCUUGUAGUGGGAAAGAAUAUUGCACGAUACAUUGAGAAACCCACAGCCUCUAGCAUUAAAGUGAUACCCCAUGAUAAUGGAAUGCGUUUUCCAUCAGUCACUAUAUGCAAUAUCAAUAUAUACAAAGAUCCGAAUGUUUCCGCUGUUAGCAAAGAGACGUAUUCUCUUAUUUAUUAUCUCUUCAAUUCUGACACCAAAGAAUACAACUCGACUCAGGAAUGUAUUGAUAAUGCCACUGAGUAUUACAAAAAACAUGAUAUAUGGAGUUCGUUGCUACCAAAAGAGAAUAACUUCAUCCACGACUGUAGCUUCAGUUACGAAACUGGCGUCAUAUCAUGCAAAGAUAUGUUCUAUCCUGUACUGACACCAGCAGGUAUCUGCUACACUUUUAACGAUUUUAAGAUGAAUGAAAUGCUUAUUCCAAAUAUUACAUCUGGUAUGAAAUAUGGCCUAAAACUAGUACUGAACAUUGAAGAAGAACGGUAUCCAGCAUUUGAGGGUAAGACAGGAGCUCAAAUCAUCGUACAUGAAAGAAAUGAUAUUCCUCGUCCAAAUCUUGCAGGAAUCAGUGUACCACCAGGUCAAAAUAUUGACAUUGGCUUCAUAAAAGCAAUCAAAAAUGAUAAAACUGAUAGCAGAGAUUGCAUCAACGAUGGUGAAAAAAAAUUGGAUUUUCUACCAGAUGUUGUAUACUCUAAGUUUGCCUGUCAGGAGAAUGAGCUUUAUGAGCGCUUGGCAAGUAAUUGUAAUUGCACUAUUAAUCCAUAUGGAUUAGACGUGACAAACACUUCAAAUUGCUCUCUGAGUAACUUAUGCUGCAUGCGACAACAAUAUUCUAAAUACAAUCGUAACAGUAGCUGCAAGUCGCCAUGCAAGUACACUUUUUAUAAUCUUAAAAACAGCUACUCUAGCUUUCCUCGAGGUCGUACUCUUACUGAAAUUUCAAAAACUGUGAAAAUGAAUAAAAGUGCCAUUCGAGAUAAUUUUCUGUCUGUUCAUGUAUUUUUACUAGACCUUGAAACAAAAGAAACUUAUAGUCACAACUCUUUCGACAUAUCUGAGCUCUUGGGUGAACUAGGUGGUACUAUGGGGCUGUUUCUUGGUAUCAAUAUUUUAGCAAUCGUUGAAGUUAUAAUACUCAUCCUUGAUGAGAUUAAGAAGUAUCUUUGUCCCAAGAAAUGCAAGCAAAAACUUAACAAGAUUGAAAACUGCAUACCCGAAUGUGCAUUGUCGAGAGGUCGAAAUGAUACUCUUUUAACUGAUCCAGUUUCAACUCCUGAAAAAGAAAACCAUGAAACUCCAUAUACUACAGCUGUUGACAUUGACAAUUGA